AUGUCUAGGGACCAUGAGAACCUUCGGGAGAGGCUACGUGCCUUAGAGAAUAUUAUACUGUCGUCUGGGAGGGGAGCGACGUUUGGUGCGCCUAUGAGCGGCCAAUUCCAUCACAGCCCUACAGAUUUGUCCACGCAAGGACUUUGGACUUCUGUCCACGGUGAUCCCGCUACAGAAAGUUCCCCGGCUCAUACAGUUGACGGAAUGGGAUCAAUUCCACCACAGGAGAAAGAGAACCUGAGUUUUUUUGGGCCAUCUUCCAAUAUCACAUUCACAAGGACCAUCACUAGAGCCAUUGCAUGGGCAAAUCAUGUACCCAGAGGCGGCGCGCAUGGGGACACCAACUCUUUGGGUCUUGGAGUUCUCGAUGCCGUCAAUUCACCCCAAGCUACAAUGAGUCAACCCGACAGGCAAGGGAGCACAAGCUUUGAUCCCUUCGCACUUCCAAACGAACACCGCACUGGCCAACUCAUUGAUCAAUACUUCACCGACAUGGGACAGUUAUUCCCCAUUUUACACAAAUCAGCCUUCCUUGAUGACUGGACUCGGCUGAAAGUGUCAGGUCCUCUGGUAAUGCGGAGAUCGUGGCUUGGGCUUUUGAACAUAGUUCUCGCAAUUGCCAACGUCACUCUCGCCAACAGCGACGAUCUCAGCGGUGCUUAUGUGAUUGAGGCACAAAGACAUUAUGGGCGAGCGAUGAGGCUAUGCGAUUCUUCAGUUCUGAAUGGUACAAGCUUGGAGGUUGUCCAAUUUCUGGUUCUGGUGGUCCUUUAUCUUCAAGGCACCCAUAACUCAAUCCAAACGAGCAAUGCACUGUCGUUUGCAGUCAAUGCCGCAAUACGUAUUGGCUUACACUCACCACAGGCUACUCAGGCCUUUCCCCUCCUCGAGCGAGAAUUGCGCAAUCGAACGUGGUACUUGUGUAUCGUGUUUGACAGAACUUUAAGCAUGACACUUGGUCGUCCGGCGUUGAUCCCCUCUAGCUAUGUGAGAGUCGACCGCAUCCAGGAUUUGGAAGGCCUUCGGGAGAACACGUCAGAUUGCAGUGCUAGAGUCUUCUCUGCAACCUUAGAUCUUUACCAAAUCCUAUGGAAGAUUAUCGACCAACAGUAUGGCCAGAAUUGCGGACUCAAUACUCCCCCAGCAGUUGUUGACAUUGUAACACCACUCGUACCGAUCGGAAACGACCUUCGAUCAUGGGCCCGGGGACUGCCUGCAUCUUUAAUGCCAGUCCGUGAGUCUCAAAUGCACAACAUUCUGACUUCCUAUGAUCUCAAUGACCCGGGGUCGUCAACCCUACGCUACAAAGUUGUCCUCACCCUGCGUUCACUCAAUGCUACAAUUCUACUCCAUCGGCGAGUCUUGGAAAAGUACUUAGAGGUCAACAGCACCCCUAGUUAUGACGCAGAGGAGAUUGACUUGCUUCGUCGCCUGGGUCGUGACAGCAUCGAUGUUCUGUUCAAUUCUUCUAUCGAGCUAAUCAAUAUAGUGAAACUGUUGAUAGAGGCCGGAGGACCAAUCAGACGUCUGCUGAACGCGUGGUGGUUUACACUGUAUUACACUUUCAACGCGGGCCUGGUGAUUGCGGGAAUAGCCUUUGCCUCCCACGCAGCGACAAUUAGAAUACCCUCGGCACCGCCUAUGAGCGAGUGUAAGGAAGGUAUUCAAAAUGCCGUGAAAGUAUUCGACUCACUCAGCGGUUCAAACAAUGUCAUCGAGCGAUGUCAUGAUUACAUGCACUAUCUUCUGCGGGCUAUCGAAACAUUAUCUGCAAGGUCAGAAGAUGGAGCAGUUGACAACUCAGGUGGCAUUUCAAUUUCAGGUUCUCAGAUACUUGACUCUGUCCCUGAACUCAAUUUUGCCGACAUGACGUGGCACGACCCUUGGGCACAAGGAAGAAACGUUGGAGAUUUGAUAACAGAUGGUGACCUAAGUUUCAUGAACACCUUGUUUAAUUCGAACGAGGAGGUAUCAGCAAGCCACACAUCUGACUUUUUCACUCGAACUGCAUAG